AUGUCAUCGCUGGAUUAUAUUGCCGAGUUAUCUGCGCAAGAUUAUACGAAAUUAGGCAUUCGAUCUAUUGAAGAUAAACGGAAAUUCAUGGCUUUAGCCCAAGACCUCAAACAACGAAGACAACUGAAAACACAACCCCAGCGUCCAGUGCCACAGCCAACGACGGCAUCACCCACAAAAACCAACGAACGAAUGUUGCAACCACGAAAACGGUCUACGAAUAGUUAUGAUGCAGGCAAAGACAAAAAAGCGCGACGCAUGACGAUGGGUCCUCAGAGCAUCCCGCGUCAUCUACCUUCCAAGUCGCCUGUCAAUAACCGUCGACUGUCAUGUCUUCCAAAACGUGAUGCUGCUCCACUGAUUCGUCGAUCGCCGGUCCGAGCUGGUGUUGGGGCCGUCAUAAAGACCGCCAGCCCAUUGAGACAAAAUAAACCAAGUGCCAAACUUUUGAAAUUCAUGGAGGAAGUCAGUAACACCGCAGACACGACAAAAGAUGUUAUACCAGUUCAGCGAAAUCGGACGCGUUUACUAGACGCUUAUGGUAUACCAAUUACACCUUCAAAACGGCGAUCGAGCCUCGAUCAACUGCAGCCCGUGAGCCACAUGUCCUUUGAAGAAUACGUGAAGCAACGCCAAUCCGGUAAUACGACUGCGACAACAACAACCACCGCCACUACAUCAAAGGUCACAACAACCUACGCAUCGGGUGCAAGUGAUUUGCAACAGCGCAUCCGAGUGUGUGUACGGAAACGUCCGUUGAACAAAAAAGAACUUGCCUUGAAUGAAAAAGAUAUCGCACCUUUAGUAGGUGCACGGACAAUUCAAGUGAAUGCGUCAAAAACCCGUGUAGAUUUAUCCCGCUUUACUGAGCAGCAUUCAUUUACCUUUGACGAGGCUUUUGACAGUUAUUCAACCAACUCUGAGAUCUAUCAACGGACUGCUCGACCGUUGGUCGAUUAUAUCUUUGCUGGCGGGAAAGCGACCUGUUUUGCAUAUGGCCAAACAGGCUCGGGAAAAACCUAUACCAUGCUUGAUCCCCAGCACGGCUUGUAUGUACAGGCGGCAGCUGACAUAUUUUCUAUGUUAAACGAAGAACGAUAUUCCCAUCUAGCAGCAUGGGUUGGCUUUUACGAGAUAUAUCAAGGCCAAUUAUUUGAUCUGCUCAAUCAACGUAGUCGACUGAUUCCCCGUGAAGACGGAAAUAGCAACGUGAUCAUCGCUGGACUAUCCGAAUACCCAAUCAACGAUGUGGAUAAACUGAUGGAGAUCUUUGAUUUUGGUAGUCAAGCGAGAACAACAGGAAAAACGGGUGCCAACAGCAACUCUUCACGAUCUCAUGCCGUUUUGCAAGUUUUGCUGAAACCGAAAGAUGAAUCGACUGUCCAUGGCAAAUUGAGUUUCAUUGAUCUCGCAGGAAGUGAAAGAGGGGCAGAUCGAGGUGAUGCGAAUAACAAGACGAGAAUGGAAGGUGCUGAAAUCAACAAGAGUCUUUUGGCUCUUAAAGAAUGUAUACGAGCACUGGAUCAGGAUAAAAAGCAUACGCCUUUCCGAGGUAGUAAGCUUACUCAGGUGCUACGGGAUUCCUUUGUAGGCAAUUCUCGUACUUGUAUGAUUGCUACCAUAUCACCCAAUAAUAUGAAUAGUGAACAUACAUUAAAUACCUUGCGAUAUGCCGACCGUGUAAAGGAGUUGAAAGGAGAGACGGAUCCUCGGUUAUUACCUGACCCAAAACAUUCUGUAACUGAGCGAGCGGUGGAGAACGGCAUACAGAUGGAAAGGAACGAAGGCUCCAAUGUGCAGUCGACGCCGGAACCUGGUGACAUGAAAGACGAUGCCAAGAGUCUCACCAAUUCCGACGCAAUUUGGGAGAACGAGACGGCCGAAAACUUGCUGGAUGUGGAUUUUCCUAUUGAAGCCAAUGAAGCGCUUAGUACACCUCAAAAUGAACGAUACUGGAAUGUUACCACACCACAACGACAAGAAAAUUAUAUGCGACGACUUUCAACGCCUCCCGAUGAGAUUUUUCAAACACCCAUGGAUGGAUCGGACCCUUUCGCAGAAUCACCGGUGCGACCUGAGCACGCAAAAGAAGAGGUGUUUUCGACCCCUGAGAGAUCAAAUGGCCUUUCCUUGACAGGCACCCCUGCUGAUGGCGAGAAAAUCACGGUGGAUCAUAUUAAGAAGUUUAUCCGAUUACAUCGUGCACAGAUCAAAGAGUUGGAAGAGUGUAUCCGACAAGAAAAGAAACUCAUCGCCAAGCUUUCUAUGAAUCUAUCAAGUCAUCACGACUUUUCUGAAGAGGGAGAGUUGGAUGACGGCAAAUCAAUGGAAGACUUUGAAGAUUAUCUGAACGAUCUCGACGAUAUGCUUGAACGAAAAAUCGCAUGUGUCGAAACCUUGAAGGAACGCGUCAAAGUUGAACUUGGCGAUGACGAAGACAUGAACGACAGUUUGUAA